UUCAGUUGGAUUCCAUCCUUAGUCCAAACAAUGUCGGGAUACGAUCGUUUCAAUAUACACGCUCAGCUUGAGCACUUGCAGAGCAAGUACCAGGGUACAGGUCACGUGAACAACACCAAGUGGGAGUGGGCUCUUAACAUCCAGCGCGACACCCUAGCAUCGCACGCGGGUCAUUACACGCGCCUUGCUUAUUUUGCAAUAUGUGAAAACGAAUCGAUAUCCCGAAUUCGUCAUCGGUGCCUCCAGAAUAUGGUUAAACCAAUGACCCAUGUGAAGAACCAGGACAAGCUAUGAUUUCUA